AUGGCAUUGGAUCUCAAGGACAUUGACCGGUAUGACUUCUAUGCCGGGUUUCUGAAGUCGUCACCCAAAAUCACCAUCUUUCCCAAGCCUUUGAAGCGGUCUUCGCUUCAUAGUCGAGCUUUAUCCAAUGCGGUAUCUCCUUCGAGAAACGAUUCCGCAUCUCCUGGGCAAAGGGACAGUGCACAUAGACCUCCACCAGAGCAUCCCCAAGUGACGACGGCCACUUGGGUCUGCACCAUUUGCAGCUUCUCUAAUCCGAUACCGGUGAAUUUUGAUCCUGCGGCAGCGAACGCACAUACGCCGCUACCGCCAUGCCUAGCUUGUGGAAUCAAGCCAACACUGGCACAUGUUCUAAAAGCAGCCAUUAACAACGCCAGCCAACGUCCAACGCCCGUAAUAAACACUUCUUCUGGCUUCAGUUCGCUCUCGAAUCGACAACAUGAAUCAGAUGCCCUUUUAGCAACAUCAACAAACCCUUUGGAUUCUUUUCAGCAAAGCCGCGGCCAAGCACUCGAGCAAAAUAGGUCGGGUUCCUCGGUCGACGCUGGGGCAUCCUUUGCGUGUCCGCGGUGCACAUUUUCAAAUCACCCGUCAUUACUUGCCUGCGAGAUUUGUGGCGCGCCCCUUUUGUCACAGAAUACCCCUAGCAUAAAAACCGAGUCGCCCACGGUUCGUACGGAGUCCCCAGGUCCUGUCCACGAGGCUCCCAGCAAUGCACCUUCAGGCAUUGACGUGGCUGACAGUAUCAAGAUUUCCUUUCGGGGUGGGGGUAUGCAGAUAUUUUAUGAGAGGCUGAAGGGAGCCAUAACACAAAGAAAAUGGUUACUACAGAAUGCUCCUCCGGUUCCCAAAAAUGGAAGGAGUGCAGACCCAAAUACUCUAGCUGGUUCAUCAGAUACAUCGACCAGUCGAACCAAGACUGCGGGUAUUGCAGGCCUGGAGCAGUUGGGUCUCAAUAUGCAUAAGAACAACGAAAUGCUGAUUGGCAGUGCGUUUGAAGAUCUGGAGGCGUUGAUGUCGUCAGCAAAGGAGGUCAUUGCUCUCGCAGAACGAUAUGCUCGCCAAACGAAUGGUGUCACUGGCGGAGCUUCAGCCGAAGAAAAUGCCAUCUUGGCAGAGUCCGCAAGCCAACUAGGCUUGGUUACUACGAAGGACAUUGUUGCCGGCGGAAGUUCUGAGUAUCUAUACAUAUCCGAACUGUCUCGGAAUCUUGCCGAGUUCCUGGCUGAUGACUCGAGAGGUGUCUUGAAACGAGCCGGAGGCAUCAUCACGCUCGUCGAUUUGUGGGCCAUGUUCAACAGAGCAAGAGGGGGUGUCGAGCUUGUCAGCCCCAUGGACUUCGAGAAAGCUGCACGUUUGUGGGAAAGUCUAAAGCUUCCAGUCCGGCUGCGAACCUUCCGCAGCGGCGUAAUGGUAGUCCAGGGCCACGAUCGUACCGACGACGCGACUAUCAAGUCGCUGCUUUCCUGGCUGCAGGAUCUACACGAAUUUCCCCCAGAGCGAGAAGUCACCUGGGAUUGGAGAGAGUUUGGACGUGGCGUUACGGCCCUGGAAACUGCGGAACGAUUCGGUUGGAGCAUUGGUGUUGCCGAGGAGGAGCUACUAAUGGCAGAAGAGCACGGCGCUCUAUGCCGAGAAGAAGGGUUGGAGGGGUUAAAGUUCUGGAAGAAUUACAUUGAUACGGGUGAUGCCCCCCCGCCAAAGAGCAAGGCCAGGCUUGAAGAUGAGGCUAUCAUAAAGGCACUGCAGGAUAGCGGAUUCAUGUAG